AGUCCACACGUUUGUGCGCUUCUCCGCAACACCCCUUCCUUUUUGGUGGUUUUGUUUUCCUUGUUGCAGCGGAUACGAAUACCGUCGUCGCCACACCAAAAUGUCCUCGGAACGAGCCCCUGCUGUGGCGGAGGAGACCAGCGAUUUCUGGUCGAACCCGGUGGAUCACUUCCGGCCCAACCUGAAGUUCCUCACCGUGUACUGGGAUCGUCACUCCAUGGUGGAGAGGCUGCUCCACAUGAAGGAGAACUGGCUGAAGCCGUGGUACCUGCCGUGGUGGACGCCCAUGUACCAGAUCAUGACGUGGUGGCCACAGCGCAACCGCAACUUGAUGCUCGUGGAGAACAACCUCAAUUACCGCCCCUACCGCUUCCGCCGCAAUGAUGAAGACCGCAAUAACCCGUACUAA